AUGGCUCAAGCAGAAGAGAAGAGACCAUGCGAGAAAUUUCCACUGUUACGAGCUGUCAGCGGAAUUCAUUACGCCCUCGCUCUCAUCGUCAGAGACGACCACUUCAAGAAACACGAGUUAUACUCCGACAUCAAAGAUGAAGCCGAAGAGGAUGAGGGUGACGAGCAUAUAAAUUUUGCUAUGUGGCUCGCUUUUCGGGACCUCGUGCAUCGUUCCGGGUGGCCCAGAGCGAGGAUCGGUUUCGUCUACAACAGGCAUAGACAGACUCUACGCGCCAUAAUUCUGGCCCAUAACGCGACGAUAGAAGAUCGUAGACCGCCAUCAACUGAGCUGGUGGAUACAAUGAAGGCGGCACUGGGAAUCACGAACGAUCCGAAUUGGUACAGGGUUUUUGAGGGGUCGAAAACGUGUUUAUGA